UCUUGGCAGAGCAAUAUUUUUCUUGUCACGCAGCUUGUUUUUAAUGUUGUCAAAGUAUAGAUAGUUUCGUGCAUCUGUUGAACCAGAGAAGUUUAUAUUUGUUGGAUCCUUGCUUAAGGCUAAAUGUUAUGGCAUGAAACAUGUCAGGAUGUUCUAUAUUUUAAUUUGUUUAGUAUGACCUUGUGUGUGUGAAACAAGUUCUAAGUAAGAGAAUGCGAGAGAAUAUGAUCUAUGACAUGUGACAUGUUGAGGAUCGUGGUUCUGCAAAAGAUAAAUACAGAUGAUCAUGACUUAGUAUUUUUAAGCUGCUUACACUGAUAUCCAUGUUUACACUUGUUACUUCUAGGUAGGAAUAAUACACAUAAUUUAAAGCAUGGAGACAGCGGCCAUACACGAUGAAGAAUCGUUCGAACCCAAUGGUCCAAUAUUAGGCGGGAAAGGGUAUCUGCCUGCACAAACUAUUCGAAAAGCGUAUUACGAACUUGACGAAACGCCGCAAACGAAGGUCGUAACGAUUAGGUCGUUUCGGCAACUUAUAGAAGAAAAUCAAGAAGAAAAUAACUUCGACGAACAUUCUGACGCUUUUCUGUUGAAAUUUUUACGGCAUCGGAAAUUUGACGUGGAUGAUGCGUAUAAACUUCUGGUCAGUUAUUACACAAACAGGGAAAAGACUCCCGAAGUAUUUCGGAACUUAACUCGAAAAAAUGUCAAGAAAACAUUAGAGCAAGGUAUUGUGGGUGUUUUACCGCAACGUGAUAGAUAUGGACGUGUGAUAGUUCUUUUUAAUUUCAGUGGAUGGGACAUGAGUAUACCGUUUCAUUUUGAAAAGCUUUUGCGUGUGUGGGUUUACACUUUGGAAAAAGUAUACGAAAGUGAAGAGACGCAAAUCAACGGAAUUGUAAUCAUUUGUAACUUGUACCAACUCAGUGUUUUGCAGACGAAAAGUUUACGCUCGUCGAUGAUAGCAAAAGCGAUACGUGUGUUUCAGGACAACUUCCCAUAUCGAAUCAGCGGUAUUCAUUUACUUAAUCCAAGUUGGCAUUUCAAACUAUUAUGGAAAAUGAGUAGUGCACCAAGUUUACUCAAACCGAAACUCUUCGAACGCAUACACAUCCACGAAGGCGAUCUGUCGAAGUUUUAUGAAGAGUUCCCGCGUAAAUAUCUUUCCACGGAUCUUGGAGGAGUUGUUGAGUAUGAAAACAAACUUUGGAUUGAAGAACUUUUAGAACCUGAACAAGCCGAGCAGGACGCACAAUUGCAGACGUCAGCACAUAUUCAGUAUCUAAGCAACAAACAGUCAAGUCCCUUUAAUUUUUGAUAGUUAAAUUCAUUAAUUUUUUUUAUUGACUUCUUUACGUUUUUAAAGUUUACUCAGUUUGCAAAACAUUUCCUUACCUUUAUGUAGUCAAAUUCAAUCUCAAGGCUUCUGACCUAACCUCAAAUUUUCAGAAGGCAAAUUGACGUAAUUCGAUACUUAGAAGAAAGGAGGAUUUCAAGAAUUGCCGUUUUAGUUGUUGAAUUUUGCCUAUUAGCUUUUGUGUCAAUAUGGAAAGCUAGCUUUUUUCAUAACAAGAUUACCUAGGAAUAGCAGAUAAACGCCACCGUGUCUUAAUGCUGAGAUUAGGUGAAUUAAAGUCAGUCAGGCGUAACUCAAAAUAAUGUGCAAAACUACAAACAUUUCUCAGUAUGUAAUAUAGUUUAAAAUUCAUGGCAAGCGGCUUAGUGUUUGGCAGAGCGAAAUAAUAAGCGGAAAUUAGCGAUUCACUUUGAGUUUACACACGGUAAAAUUUCAAUUUUCCUUUAGUGUUUAUUUCUAAUCAUCAACCAACCAAUCGCAAAAAGGUUUCUGUUGUUGUAAGGUCGACUCAGCUAGACGUACAUUUUGUGUAAUGCAGAUGCAACUGGAUUGAUUUCUAUUUUUUAAUUGCUAUGUUGUUGUACGUUUAAAUCGAACUUAUUUUACUAUAUAGCUAUACUAUAUAGCUUUACUAUAUAGUCAUUGCAUGAUUAGGAAACGUCUGACCCAGUUGCGUAACAACAAAGGGUCAUAACAAUUUCGUAUAUACUGACGGGAUCUUUCUGCUAGCAGUCCCUUUAAGUAAAAUUUUUUUGUGUUACCCGUGUUUAGCAAUAGCUUCCAGAUUUAGGAUAUGCCAUCCGAGUUAUACUGUAGCCUGGAGCUUUCAAUAGAAAUUA